GUGUGUAGCUUUGGAUGGGGUGGUGUUGCUGGAGCUGGUGGUGCUCAGUUAUUAUUGCUGGUGGAUUGGAUAAAUGUGUAGUGGUGAAAGGUGCGUUUAUGUUUGUGUUGGGAAGGCGACGUUGGGGUAACUGAUGGGGAGCCGGUACAGAGGAGUGGGAAAGAGAUGUCGAUGCGCCGCGGAUGCUCGGUUACGGGGGUAGACUCGCGCCGCGGGGGCGAUGAGCGCUAUUCCCUUUGCCCUUAGAUUCACCUGCUGUUGUUGGUGCUGGUUGACAUUUAUUGUUAUACUAUUUAAAUUCAGUUACGUUGAGACACGUGAUAUUGUUGAUAGUGAUAAUAACAGUUUGUUAACGGGUCAUGGAGAUUUUCACGGGGGGAGGCAGCGGCCACGGAGAGUUACCGUGCGGAGGGAUCAGGAGGCUCUGUACGAUGAGGAUCUAUCCUAUGACGGCGAGGACUAUCUUCAGGCAAAUUCCACUGAGAAGGGGCGAUUUCUGGGCUCCAUCUGCGACGACACGUGCAGCUCAAAUCUACAACAUGUUGUUUGCGACACAGUCACCGGUAAAUGCGAGUGUGAAAAGAAUUUUCCAGUCCAGCUUGGACCCACAAAGGGCUGUGCUAAACCCAAAAAACUCGGGGAACAAUGUUUCUAUCGGGCAACCUGCGAGUUCGUCGACCAGCACGCAACGUGCACGCAGGUACAACACAAUGCCAUAUGCGAUUGCGAUACUGGCUAUCACAGGGUUGUUCUCUCAAGACCAACAAAGAAAAUAUUCUGUGCCGAAGAUCUCGUGCUGAUAAAGACUGACCUCGCUACUCUUCUUGGUGUAGCGUCGGGUAUAGCGGUGCUCACGGGACUGAUUUGCUUCGUAUUAAAGUUAUUCAGCAGAGCCAGGUACUCAGAGCCCAGGCAUUAUGCCAAUGCCCAUCAUACCCCACCGAUGUUAUUCAGCAAUGAUGCAGGUAUACCAUUGACGCUGUCAGGAAGGCCCUCAUCGCGUUCAAGUCAACGCAGUAGUGACGGCCCAUUGACCUGUGGAGCUUUUACAAGGAGACCAAGCAGCGGUGGAAGUCGUGGACCACUGGUUCCAGCAUCGCGUGCAGGUGCGGCACGUGCCGCCGCCAUCUUGCUUAUUUCGUGUCACCUACAGGCAGCGGCCAAAGGAAAAAAGCACCGACGUACCCUUAGCGACGUUGCCGAAGGAUCCAACGGCCUCGGUUCACGACGUCCAAGUUUGGCGUCGAUACACAGCUCAACGUCAUCAGCGAGAAGUUACAGUGCCAGAAGACUCGAGAAAGAGAGGAAUGAGAAGGAGCAGAGGCUGGCACUCCAGGAAUUGAGAUUAGCUAGACAGAGGGAACAGGAUUCGCAAAUGCAGCAGAUGCAGACGCAACCGACACCCAGUCCAAGGACACCUCAUUCGACUGAUGAAUUAUUGCCAGCGGUUGAAGAGAGCCGAGAGGAGAUAUUAACGGUGGUGGCAUCGGAAAUGCCAUCGGUAUCACGAAUAAUACCUCAUAAAUCAUCCGUGAGCAAUCACAGAUCAUCGUCCCUAGCAUCAACAUCGUUGACAGUGCACCGUUCGAUGAGAGCAAGUGAAACGGCCUUUACUGGUCCCGCGUGCACAUCCGCCUUUAAAAAAGAGACAGCCGCCAAUUGUUCCAGUGUAGUGGACAUUUUCGAGUCAUAACCCACGAGUGAAAUUCAACCGGUCACUCAAUUUCUUAGAUUUAUCGUCGCUCAAUACUCAGUUCAACCAAUCCCAAUUAACUCGAAAAAAAAUAUAUCAAUUCUACUCAAAAUAUCCAGUUGACCACGAGAAUUGCAUCUCAGGUGUAAAAAUUUAUCACCUUGAUGAUUCGAAGUAGCUCUGCCCAAUUAAAUUUCGUGAGAAUAUUUGGAAAAAAAAAUUCAUAUCUAUCCCCUAAAACCGAAUAAACAAUUGGAAAUAAUAGAAAUA